AACAAGUUUGGGAGAAUGUUGAGUUCAAUCGCGCCGGAGCCGCGAUGGAGCGCAGCGCACUGCAGUGGGUCGGCGCCCCGUGCGGCUCGCACGGCCCCUACGUCUUCUACAGGGCGUUCCGCUUCCAGCGCCGCGGCGGCGGCCGGGCGCGGGUCCUCUCCCUCGGCGACUUCUUCUUCGUGCGGUGCCGCGCGGAGGAGCCCGCCUGCAUCGCGGAGCUGCAGCUGCUCUGGGAGGAGCGCACCAGCCGGCAACUUCUCUCCAGCGCCAAACUUUAUUUUCUCCCCGAGGACACCCCCCAGGGCAGGACCAGUGACCAUGGCGAGGAUGAAGUUAUUGCUGUUUCAGAAAAAGUGACUGUGAAGCUCGAGGACUUGGCAAAAUGGGCACAGUCGGAUUUCUCCAAGUGGAAGUGUGGUUUCCGGGCUGAGCCGGUCCAGCCCAUGGAUGUGGGGAAAAAUGGGCAGAAAGAGGCCUUGACAAGAUACAGACAAUCCACACUGAACAGUGGCUUGAACUUCAAAGAUAUUCUGAAGGAAAAGGCUGACCUUGGUGAGGAUGAUGAAGAUUCAAACCUUUUAAUUCUCAGCUACCCACAGUACUGUCGCUACCGGUCCAUGCUAAAGCGCAUCCAGGACAAGCCCUCGUCCAUACUGACAGACCAGUUCGUGUUAGCCCUUGGAGGCAUUGCAGUGACAAGCAAGAACCCCCAAAUCUUCUAUUGUCGGGAUACAUUUGAUCAUCCCACCCUAAUAGAAAAUGAAAGUAUAUGUGACGAGUUUGCGCCAAAUCUUAAAGGCAGACCGCGCAAAAAGAAGCCAUGCCCACAGAGAAGAGAUUCAUUAAAUGGCAUUAAGGAUUCCAACAAUAAUUCUGAAAGCAAAGCUGUUGCCAAGGUAAAAUGUGAGGCUAAGUCAGCUUUGCCCAAACCCAAGAGUAACAACAGCAACUGUAAGAAAGGCUCAAGUGAGGAUAAAUCAAAGAUUGCCAUAGGUGAAGAAUGCAGAGCUGAUGAGCAGGCUUUCCUUGUGGCUCUUUAUAAAUAUAUGAAAGAAAGGAAAACACCAAUUGAACGAAUACCCUAUUUAGGUUUUAAGCAGAUUAACCUUUGGACUAUGUUUCAAGCUGCUCAAAAACUGGGAGGAUAUGAAACAAUAACAGCCCGUCGACAAUGGAAACAUAUUUAUGAUGAAUUAGGUGGUAACCCUGGAAGCACAAGUGCUGCUACAUGUACUCGCAGACAUUAUGAAAGAUUAAUCCUGCCAUAUGAAAGAUUUAUUAAAGGAGAGGAAGAUAAGCCACUGCCUCCAGUGAAACCUCGAAAACAGGAUAACAGUUCCCAGGAGAGUGAAGCAAAAACAAAAGUGUCUGCAACAAAACGCAUCAAAAAUGAAAACCAAAAGAACAAGAAGGAAAAAGAUAAUUCACAGAAACCCCAAGAUGCAUCUGAGGUUUCAUCAGAACAAGAGAAGGAUCAAGAAUCAGCAGACCAGAAGAAUUUCCCUGAACAUCCUGCAGUGGGAGAGGUGAAACAACCUAUGCAAGGCCCUCCAUCUCUUUUACCAGAGACAGCUCGGACACUGCCUCUGGAGAAGACAGACAUGACAGAAAACAGCACCAACAGUGAGAAAGCCAAGGAGGAGGUUCAGCACUCGUCCUCUUUCUCGAGUGUUUCUGUGCCUGCAGAAGACGACGCUGUGCUGGAUGCCACUGUCACAAAACGAUUACACCCCUCACCAGAUGCCCUGGAAGACACAAAGCCUGAACAAAAACUACACAAAGCUUUUACUGACAGCCUGGAAAGUGAACCUCCAGAAAUGCCCUUCACAGCUUUCCCAGUCCAUCUGCCCACUCAGAGUGACAUGGAAGAUGAGAAACUGCCAGGGAUGGCCGAUUACAUCGCAAACUGCACGGUGAAAGUGGACCAGCUGGGAAAUGAAGAUAUCCACAAUGCACUAAAGCAAACACCCAAAGUCCUGGUGGUGCAGAACUUCGACAUGUUUAAGGAAAAGGAGCUGCCCGGGUCCAUGAACGAUGACUCCACUUUCAGUUACACACCAUUGCUGUACUCUAAAGGUAAUCCAGGCAUCAUGUCACCCCUGGCAAAGAAGAAGCUGCUGUCACAGGUCAGCGGGGCCACGCUCUCGUGUAACUAUCCUUAUGGUUCUCCUCCACCUUUGAUCAGCAAAAAGAAACUCAGCAGCAGAGAUGAACUGUCCUCAGGUGUAUCGCAAGGUCCCCAUGCCCCUAAUUCUGAUCCUGUAGCAAUUAAUAGGCCCUCAGUCAUACAACAUGUACAGAGUUUUAAAACCAAGGAAGAAAGGAAGUCAAUUAAUAAUGUUUUUAAACAUGACAUGCUAAGUAAACCGGAUCCUCAGCGCUGUGAUUUUUCAAAACAUCACCUCAGUUCUCUUGCCGAGUCAUACCUACCGAAGUUGGAUAUCCAGGACUGCAAAGAUAAAAUGAGUGAAAAAAGGGCACUGCAGCACUCCCAUGUGCCCACUUUCUUGGCAGAUUUCUAUUCAUCACCUCAUCUGCACAGCCUUUAUAGGCACACAGAACACCACCUUAAUAAUGAACAGACAUCAAAGUACCUCCCCCGGGACAUGUUCAGAGAGUCUGAAAAUAUUUCUACUUUUACUCAACACAAACACCAAGAAAAACUAAAUUUAAAUUAUCGGCCGUCUUUGCAUCAGCAAGAAAAAAAGACAACAGUGGAGGCCUCUUCAGAUGAUCAGCCAACAGAUUUGAGUCUUCCAAAGAGCAUACACAAACAGACUGCAAAGGUUCCAGGCUCCAGUCUCCCUCACUCAUCCACAGCCCAGCAAGAAUGCAAAGGGAUCUCCCCGUUCCAGGCUGGAGGCAGCCAGGCGGUGAGCCUAGACUGUAACCCCAAAGCUUGCCGUGUGUCCCCUAUGGCAUUGACAGCCCCAAAAAAACACAGCGAGUUGCUCCACAGGUCUGGGAAGCAGCAGGCCCAGAGGCUGGAGAACCUGAGGAAGAUGGAGGGGAUGGUGCAUCCUAUCAUCAACCGCAGAACGAGCCCUCAAAACGUGGGGGCUGCCCGGCCUCUGAAAAGGAGCCUGGAGGAUUUGGACAAAGUUAUUUCUGAAAAAAAAAUCCGAGCUGUCUCUCCUAUUCACUUACCAAAGGAGACCCCGGCGAAAGACAAGGUUCCCGACCAAGAGGGGGAAGGUAGCAAGUCAGUGCAUGGCCUCCAUUCUGGCAGCAUGCUGGAAAGCCACAAAUUUCCCCUGUCAGCCCCCAUCUUCCCAGGCUUGUAUCCGGGAAGCCUGUGUACGGGGCUGAACAGUCGCCUCCCACCCGGGUAUUCUCAUCCCCUGCAGUACUUGAAAAAUCAGACCGUGCUAUCCCCACUAAUGCAGCCUUUGGCUCUUCACUCCUUCAUGGUGCAGAGACAAUUCCUCACGUCCCCUGCAAACUCCCAGCAACUGUACAGACACUUAGCUGCAGCAACACCUGUAGGAAGUUCCUACGGUGACCUUUUGCAUAACAGCAUUUAUCCUUUAGCUGCUAUAAACCCUCAAGCUGCAUUCCCACCUUCCCAGCUAUCCUCUGUACAUCCCAGCACAAAACUGUAAACCUCCCUCGCUCACAAAGAAAGGUCUGAGGAGAAAGUUCAGUUAGCCACAUUCCUCCCCCUGUGACGAUGUCUUGCAGAUUUAGCAAUCUGUAUUUUUGUCAACCAGGAUGCAGUCGUAUCCCGCCUAGAGGAGCAUCUUGGAGUUGGAUGGAGACAGGACUGCUUCUUUAAUUCUGGCUCCCACAUCAGCCCCUCAUCCCUUAUCCCUGCCCUUGCAAAAAAGAAAACCAAGCCAAAAAAAAAAAAAAGCCAACAAAACAAAAAAAAAACAAGCCACAUAAAAAAAAAGAGAGAGAAACAAAAACACAGAAAAAAAAGAAUUUUUUUUGGAUUUUGCGUAUGUGUUUUCUGAAAGGACUUGAACAUGGUAAGAGCAGAUGUUCAAAGGGAGCCGUGGAAACGCAGGCCCAGUCCUGAGCUCACUGAAGCCCCAGUGAGGGCUGUGUUUGCCUUUCACUGAGCCAAGGACCAGAGGCUGUGCAUUGUUGCAAAUGAGUCAAGGACUUCAGAUGAACCUGGAAAGGAGAAGUGGGCCGAGAAUCUGUACAAUCAGUGGAUGUGCUUUUUUGGGUAACUUUUCCUGACUUUUAAAGAUUCAAUCAAUGCAAUGUAUAGUAAAACGGCAAUAGAUUUUUUCAUUUUAACACUAUUAGAACAGAAUGGUAAACACUGUUUAAUUUGACUGUACAUAUCCACUUCAUAAACUACCAGUGUCACAUUUGGUCACAAUAAUUUAUAUAGUUUCGUUUGUCCAGUAUAUUCUGUGCUCUUUGUGUUUGUUUUUCUGUUUUGGGUUCUUAUUUUUUUUUAAAUUAAACAGUAUCAUUUUAUCUGCAACUUUUUUAAAGGCUGUGGCUGUCCUAAUUUUUUUUUUUAUUACGUGUUUGUAAUUUUUCCAGUUUCUUUAUACUUUGCAGCAGCGUUUUUGUUUCGUUUUUGUUGUAACGUUUACUGUUUACAAACUGAAGCAACUGGUUCAGAUUAAUCUUAAUGGUUAUAAACAUACUGUAGGUGAUGUUAUGGUGCAAGGAUGCGAACAAGGUUCCUUUCCCCACGGCCCACCCCUGUGAGGUGCUGAGCACCUCUCACCCUCCUCCUGUUGUUUCGAUGGCUCCUAGGCUGCUUCUCCCUUCCCUCCGAGCUUUGCUUUCCUGUAUCGUGGUCUGUGAAUUUGUUGAGCGUUGUACUUAAUCUUACCUAGGCUGUGAAACCCUCCUGCCUACCAGAGAAACGGUCUAGAAAACAGAAUCUCACUGGCUCAAGCUGCUGAAUGACAAAGGAGUGCAGAAAACAGAUCUGUGGUUUGUGUGAAUGUUGAGAAUUUCAGAAGUUGUGAGAGGAGCCAGUGUGGAUCUGAAUCAGAGGUUUACAGGUUGUUUCUGUGCCUCACAGUGUGUAAGGGGGUUCUGUGCAGUGGUUGGGAUGGUCCUUCCACGCUCCCACGGGGAUCUCGGCCUCUCCCUGCACAUCCUUUUGCAGGGGGAAAGCCCAGGCAUGGCAUGGAGAGGCUGGAUUUUCCUGAUGAAAGACCUUCCCUGUGGAUGUAUACUCACUUUGCAGGACAUCACCACUAUGUAGCUGAGCACAGACAUUGAUAAAGCAAAGUGUCACUUGGAGGCUUUAUACAGUGUGAAAAUUGGUUGUGAUUCAAACCAUCUCAGUUACUGUUCAAAGACAGUGUACUUGAUAUGAAAAGAUAAAACAAACUACUAAGAAACACUUUGCAUGCUAGGCAUGUCAUUAAAUUUUCCCGUGAUAUGAAGCCAAAUACAAUAUAUAAUGUAUCAUACUUAAUAUCCAAAGGUGGAAACCAGAAUAAUAUACUCGUCUACUGUUACAAAUCCAGCUUCUUCAAUUAAAUACUUUAUAUUCCUGUGGUAAAACUAUAUUUAAUUGAUUGAUAAACAGACUAGUAGAACUUGGAACAUUGAUGUGCCAGUGCAGGGUAUCCUGCUGCUCCACAAGUCAUACAGGAAACAGAACCGCAGGCUCAUCCAGGCAGAGGUCGCAGUGUGGAGGACAUCUCUAGUAAAGUUGCACUAGAUCUGAAUCACGUAAGAGUCAGGGGUUUGGGGAUGGGGGGCGA